AUGAGAGUACGCCCUAGUGCUGUGUAUCGGAACAUUGGUUGCAUGUUGGGAAUCUGUCUGUUAUUCUGCCUUUUUUAUUACAUCAUUGAUUAUGACGAUCAUUUUCAUGUUGAUCAACAUCGUAGACAGAAGCACCUCUAUUUAACGGUAUCGAAGGAUCGAAUUGGUCAUCGAUUUGGAAAAUUGGCACCAAAGCGGAUUCUAAUGUGGACGAGAGUGUUUGGUGAAGAGAAACUUGACGACUUUAGAGAUUGUAAAGGAUUGUCUGAUCGUUGUAUUAUGACUUCGAACAAAUCCUUGGUUUCACUGGUUGAUGCUGUUGUCUUCCAUGCUCAAGAUAUUCCGGACACGCCCCUUCCUUUACCAAGUGACCGUCGUUUUCACCAAAGAUACGUGUUUAUGACUAUGGAGGCGCCAUCGAACAGCGGCAGACAUGCAGUACCAUUAAACUUCUUCAACUGGACCGCGACGUAUUUGCUCUCAUCGGAUGUAGUUUUUAAAUAUGGACCGUACUAUCUUCCGUCAAAGAAGGCUGAGGAAAAGGGAUUCAAACUUAUAGUCGGUGCCUUUCUUAAGAAGUCGGGUAUAUUCGGACUAGUUUCAAAUUGUAACACGAUAUCGAAAAGGGAAAUUGCUUUGAAGGAGCUGUCAAGGUAUAUGAAUGUGACCAUAGGAGGAAAAUGUGCUCUCAACAAUUCAACUAUUGAUAUUUGUCCUCAUGGAAGUGGUUGUCUUAAUUUGUAUGGUCAAUACCCAUUCUACUUUGCUGUAGAAAACUCUGUCUGUAAAGACUAUAUCACUGAAAAGUACUGGAGUAGAACUUCGGUACCAAGUAUUCCAAUUGUCAUGAGGAGAAGGAUUUAUGAAACAAGUACCAUGCCUCCACAUUCUUUUAUUGCAAUGGACGACUACAUUUCUCCAAGAGAAAUGGCUAAACAUUUGAUAAGCUUGGAGAAUGCGUAUGCAGAGUAUUUCGUGUGGAGGAAGGGUGGAUGGACAGUUGCACCUUGGAAUGCUCCUGGGUAUAGAAAUGGUUUUUGUCGACUUUGUGAGCGACUAUGGGAAGAAAAUCAAGAAAAUAAAGUGAUUGGCGACGUAUGGGCAUGGUUUGAUGGAGAGUCUCAGUGUGAAGGUGACGAUUUUGUCAGAAAUUGGAUCAAAAAUUAA